AUGAAAAUAAUCUUAACACUAAUUCUCAUCUACAGAAAUGCUAUAAAUGGAUAUCUAGUAGCUUGUAAUACUUUAUCUUAGAUUAAUUGUUAAAAUUCAGGCUAUUGUUAAUGGAUAUCAAGUUCAUGUAGAUCACUUGAAUGCCAUAAAGUAACAGAAGUGAGAGCAUGUUCUGGAAAAUUAUUAGGAAACUUAUAUUAGAAAUAACUUUGUAAAGUUGCUCAAAAUAUUGAUCCAAAAUUUUUGAAUUUAUGCAUUGGAUAUAAGUAGGAUACAAUAAAAUGGGGAUAUUUAGUAUACCCAUAAGACAAUACUCAAAAAUCUACUUAUGUAGCAUCUAGUGGCUAAUUAAUUAGUUUAAUAGCCACAAAAAAGUAUCCAGGAUAAUUCAAAUCAGAAAUAUUGACAUUAAAUAUAUUGAAAGCAUAAGCAAAUGAUCUCAUAAAUAUUAUGUAUGGAUAUCUAUAAUAAACAAAUGAAUUAUGUGAUAGAGAAAUACCUAUAUCAUUUUUAGAGAAAGCAAUUUAUGAAAGCAUGUAAUAAAUAAGAGAUGAUGAAACUAUCACAUUUACUUCAAGUACACCAACAAAAACUGAUUAUUAUUUGGCUUUAUGGGGAAUGACUGAUGCAUUCUUUUUAAAAUUAAGAUCAUAAAAAAUUAGUUAAUAUAUUUCUUAUAAAUAUUUGAUAAAUUUUGGAUUUGCUAAUUUGUAGAUGGAGAAAUUAUGUUUAGAUACACAAUUUGAAGUAUUUGAGUUAACUUGGCAAUAUUAAUAAUCUGGAUAUAUUGAAGUAUUGAUUAUGCCUGGUGAAUAAUUUGGAUUUGAUUUAAUACAUUCUAAUGUUAUUAUAAUAAGGAUAUCAGAUUUAGAUGGUCAAAAUAUGAGUAGUUAAAUAUAAUUAAAAUGGAUUCAUCAAUCCUAAAAAAUAUUUAUUUCUAAAUAGAUCAUUCAAAUAGAUAUAACUAAAAUGUCUAUUAUAAAUAAUAUUAGUGGAACUUGUACGUAAUUAGGUUGUGUGGCAUCAUUAAUUUUGAAUGAAAGAAAAGCAUAUAUAAUUGGUGAUUCAACAAUCAAAAAUUGUGUAGGAAGAUCUUAAUCAGCAUGUAGACUUGGUGAAUGUACUUGGAAUGAUUCUACAGGUAUUUGUUCAUGA